CAAGUGUGCGCAAUGCAUUUGCUUCACAUUCGGGUCCAUGUGUGCGGAUCAGUGCUUGUGUUGACUGAGCGGGCUGUAGGAGGUCCUCGUAGUUCUCUUGUUUCACAUAAUAAAUAGUGAACACCGACAGGCUUUUAUCUAAUCAAUAUUUUUUUUUUCAUUUUUUUUUUCAUGAAUCUAGACCGGUCGCCUCAGCAAAGCGCCGAGGUCUUUGUAAUUACCGGACUGCGUGCUGGUGCAGUUCACACGUGAGUUGGAACUGUUCCACAGCGGGGACGCGCGUGCGCUCUUGCUUUUGUACAGACAGCUCGCAAAGUGGCUGUUCAGGAAACCAGAUCAUUCCGAAGUGCAGCACUACUGGGCAACACUCUGUCGCCGUCACUACCGGAGUCGGGAGAACACUCACCACAUCUCCUUGAACCUGUCUGCUGAUCUUGGAAUAUUUCACAUUCCCGGGCCAAAUAUAAUUCGAAAAGGAGAGAAGUAAUGGAUGAAAGAAUACCGCACCUGCAGGAUAGACAAUUUAUGGAUCACACAGAUUUUCUUGGGAUGGAAUACCCCUCUCUCUACAUGUGUAAAUCCAAACGUGGAUUGAAGCGCGAGGACGGCAAGCAGGACGCUUACAAGUUGCCUCACCGCUUGAUUGAGAAGAAGAGGAGAGACAGAAUCAAUGAAUGUAUUGGACAGCUGAAGGACUUGUUACCCGAACAUCUGAAACUGACGACGCUGGGACAUUUGGAGAAAGCGGUUGUCCUGGAGUUGACUUUGAAGCAUUUAAAUGCUUUGACGGCCGUCACCGAACAACAACACCAGAAGAUUAUUGCUCUGCAAAACGGUGAUCGGUCGAUGAAGUCGUCCAUUCACACUGAUUUGGACGCUUUCCACUCAGGGUUCCAGGCGUGUGCCAAAGAGGUGAUGCAGUACCUAAACAAGGUAGAAAACUGGACGACGCGAGAGCAGAGAUGUGCUCAUCUCAUCAAUCAUUUACACAAGGUCUCCGCGCAGUUUCAGCCUGCUGCACCGUUCCUCUCGCAGCUGGCGGCAGGGGGAAGCGAAGAGCGCGAUAUCCAGAAGGCUGACGGUCAAGCCAACUGCGUACCGGUCAUACAGAGGACCCAGACCGGCGAACUUAACGAGACUGACACCGAUACGGACAGUGGUUAUGGGGGUGAGCCUGACAAGAACGAAAACAAACUUGACCAAGGAUGUGAGCGCGGCAAAGCGCAAGCAUCCAAAGCGGUAAAGAUAAAACAGGAGUUUGGAGAUGAUCGCGCCGCCAAGAAGCCAAAGAUGAACUGGGGAGGUGCAGUCGUGGCGGGGGCAGACGCCUCCACCAGACCCGACCUGGCCUUUAUUAACUCUUUAAUGGGAAUAGCGGGUGGUAUCGGACAACAGACACCCUUUUGCAUGCCUUUCUAUUUCAUCAACCCGUCAGCGGCAGCGUCCUAUGUGCCUUUAUUUGAUAAAGGCAACCUAGAGAAAUAUGUAUAUCCAGCCGCAGCUGCGCUCACGUCCCCAUUCCCAUGGCUAUACCCUGGGCUCCCCGCACACACGGCGGCCGCCGCCGCUGCAUCUUUCCCCGGGUUAUCCACGGAGAAGGGCUCCAGGUUUGGGUCCUCCUCCCACGCAAACGACUCUCCCUCCCACGACAGUGACGCUUCGAACGAGGCCGAGUCGGGCUCACCCGAGCAGAGAGAGGAGAGUCAGGAUGGUGACGGCGAGGGGGAUGACUCCCAAGACAACGACAACGAUGGUACAUAAUCGGAUGGAUUUUGCAACCAUUUUCUUGCUUGUAAAAACGGGCUAAUUUAUCUGCGUAUUUUAAUUUCAGUUGCAUUCUGCAUAGGAUUUUCUGUAUUUUCGUAUUCUUUCAUAUUUUCUUUUUUAUUGCAAGUAGUUUAUAGGAAAAGAAAGUUUCACAGUUGUACUUCUCAUGUACCUUGGCUACAGGGGAGGUUGUGACGUGUGCCUUUUGCACUUAAUGCUAGAUGAAACAAUCUGAAUGAAAAUCGACAAUGAUUGACACUAACAAACACACAUGUAUUGUAUGUAGGGCAUAUUAUGCUUGAAAUAGGUGUUUCCUCAAUAAUGAUAAUUUGAAUGGCAAUCAAAAUGUGCCAAAAGAUUGAAUGAGACAAAUUGCUUCUAGUUAGACACCCCUAUUGUCUCGAUCAGUUGAUAGUCACUGUCUGAUGUUACAACUGACCUAUAGACCAAGGUGAUCAUUUAUACUGCUGACUCUGUCUGGACAGCCAGUGGUCUGCCUCUUCUGUUGGCUAUCCUUUGAUCUGUUUCCAUAUAUGCCUGCACUAAAUGGGCCUAUGUAAUAAGUGCUUGAAUUAGUAACUUACAUACCUCAUUGCCCAGACCUGCAGAGUUGUCAUAUCCAUCAUACAAACUUCUCGUUUAUGUAACCUUCUGGUUGGUUUUUGUAUUUAUGUUGUUUUAUUUCUUCCCCAUGCUGAUAUGUUUUCAACUUUUAAAAGGAAACACUUGGUAUCGUUUUAGAAGUGUUGGAUGUCAGGCAGGCAAGUCGUUAAUAGGUAAACACCUUUGCUCUGACUAAGCUGCCCCUCUGGUACUAUAAUAUAGAAAUCAUAGCACCUUAUAGAUCUUUGAUAUUGAAUGUAACUUACCUGUAUUUUUCUGAACUACAGAGCUGUGUUUGUAAAAUGACAAAAGUUCUAGUUAUUUGCUCGUUAAGAGGUAAGUGCACUUGUUUUUGAGUCAAGCACUGUAUCCUUUCCUUGUUUUGGUUCGUUUGAUCUCCCUGAUUGAACAAUGUAUCUUACGGGAUUCAGGCUGGUUCAGUCACGAGCCAACAUUUGAAGUGUCAGAAACACACUUUGACACAAACCCAUGCCUGAACACAGAACCACUAACGAGGACACCUCGAGGACACGAGUACUGUGAACAGUAGUUGUGAUCCUUGUCUUGUAAAGCUGUACACGCCAUCCAUGGGUUUAAAAUGUUUUCUAACGAAUACGUUUCCGGAAAGUGUUUGUUUUGUCCUUCAGCAUUCCCUGUGAGUUCUUAAGAAGAUCAUUCUUAGUUUUCAACCAUGCACCUAGUCUUUUUUAGCUUCUGUUCAGCUGUUCUUGCCUCAAAUCGGCCAUGUUUUCAGUUGUCUUGUACUCGUGUCUGUGUAAAUAGCUCUGUGAAUAUUCCAUGAAAUAUACUGUAUGUAGAAGUUGUAGAAGAAGAAGUCUAUGGAUUUUUUAAAAAAUUUAACUGAGCAAUUGUUGCAAAUUUCAUUAUGCUUUACACAUCUGCUGGUCUAAAUUAUUGCUGAUGAUGAGUUGUAAAAUAAAUA